AUGGCAACCAGCGAGCUGUCAGCAUGGGACGGCUGGUGUGCAUCCCAGUUAAAGAUUAUCCUCCUUGGUGGCAGAAACUGUGGUAAGAGCUCUCUGGGGAACACAAUCCUGGGCAAAGAGGAGUUCGUCACCAAAGAGAGGACCUCGUGCUCCAGGAGACUGGGUGUGGUGGCUGGACGGUGGCUCACUGUGGUGGACACCCCCGGCUGGUGGUGCGACUCCAGCUCCAAGGACACAUCUGAGCUGGUGAAGAGGGAGAUUGUAAGCAGCGUCUCUCUGUGCGCACCAGGCCCGCAUGUUUUUCUCAUCACGAUCAAGGCGAGCUCAGGCUUCUCAGAGAAGCGUCGCAGGGCCGUGGAGGAGCACGUGGCCCUGCUGGGCGAGAGGGUGUGGAGUCACUGCAUGGUGGUCUUCGUCUCUGCUGACAAGUCCAAACACACAGGAGCUGAAGAGCUCAUACAGAGCGGCGGGGAGGCCCUCCAAUGGCUCAGCGGGAAGUGCAGUCGGAGGUGUCACAGUGUUAUGUCCGGCGAUGAUGCUGAACUCAUCGAGCUGCUGGAGAAGAUACAGAAACUAGUCUCGGGAAACGGAAUAUUUGAAAUGCAGGAAAACAUUUUGCAGGCAACGGUAGAGGAGAAGAGGAGAGUGGAGGAGAGGGCUCGGCAGAGGUUUGUGAGAGGGAAGAAACACAGAUCUCUCAUGAGAGGCGAGUUGCGGCCCAUAACUGAUAUCCGGAUUGUGUUGGUGGGAGCAAAGGGUUCUGGGAAAAGCUCCACUCUGAACACCAUCCUGAGCAGAGAGAGCAGCCAGUCGGUGAGGAGGAGGACGGCCAGGUGUUUGGUCGCCAAAGGAGUGGUGUUUGGGAGACAGGUGACUGUGGUGGACACACCGGGCUGGUGGAUGAACUACUUCUGUGACGAAAGUCCCGCCUUUGACCUGAGGGAGCUGGUGCUCAGUGCGUCUCUCUGCCCUCCGGGGCCUCACGUCUUCCUGCUGGUGAUCCGUUUGGACAGAGCCUUCACUGAAAUCUACAGGAGGGCAGCCAUGGAGCAUCUCCGGCUGAUUGGCGAACACAUCUGGAGUCGUGUCAUGGUGCUGUUUAGUUUCGGGGACUGGCUGGCAGGCACGACCACGGAGCAGUGCAUCGAGAGCGAGGGGGAGCCUCUGCGUUGGCUCGUUGAGAGAUGCGGCAACAGGUAUCAUGUCCUGAACAAUAAAACGAAAGGGGACGGGUUUCAAGUCAGAGAGCUGAUUGGGAAGAUUGAAGAAAUGGUCGCCGGCUGCAACGGCUGCGUGCAUUAUGAAAUAGAGAGGGAGGCGGUGGAACAACUGGAGGGGGAGAUGAGAAGAGAGGAGGAGAGAGCCAAGGAGAGACGGAUGAGGAAGGAGAAACAGAGGCAGAUGGCGAGGUCUCAGCUGGAGAAGCUCAACCCCAUCACAGAACUGAGAAUGGUGCUGAUUGGCCGCGGGAAAACAGGUAAGAGCUCGUGCAGAGACACCAUCAUGAGCAGAGAGAGCUUCCACGCAGAGACCCGAACCACCUCCUGCUCUGACAAACGAGCCACCAUCAGCGGCAAGGCGGUGGCGGUGCUGGUGACACCGAGCUGCUUCUCCGUGACCUCUGACCUUCUCCACAUGGCGUCCAGCGCUUUCCUCCUGGUCGUCAACGUGAGCUCCUCUUUCAGUGCUGCCCACGCGGAGGCCCUGGAGAAACAGCUGGAGGCGGGAGGAGCCCAGGUGUGGAGUAGAACCUUGGUCCUGUUCAGCCACGGCGAUUGGCUGGGCGACACGAGCAUCGAGCAGCGCAUCGAGAGCGAAGGAGAGUCGCUGAGGAGGCUCGUGGAGAGGUGUGGGAACAGAUACCACGUCCUGGAUAACAAACACCGGGGGGGUGGAGCUCAGGUUAAGGAGCUCGUAGACCUGGUAGAGGAGACGCUGGUGGAGGACAGGCUGGCUGUCCUUCACAGAGGUGAUCACGUGUGGAAACGUGAUUCUGUACGAGAUGUGACGCUGUGUCAAAAAGAUUUAAAGAUGAUCAGGAGCCGCAGACUUCAGAUGUCCCAUGACCUGACUGAAUCAGCCAAUCCCACCACACAAACAUCUCUAAACUGCUCAGGAGGCCCUGAUAGUGGUGGUCAGAUAGUGGCACUUCCAGCAGGAAGAAGAGGACGGUCUGGACCAAACAUCCUGGACAGAGACAGAAUCAUGUCCUGUUUAGCCUCUAUGCUCUCUGGUGAAGACGCAUCGAGGUGGACCAUGAAUCUGCCUUUCUGGCUCCCGACUGAUGAUCCUUACCUGAGACUGAACGGUGCACGCCGUCUGUCCUCAUCCACACAUCAAACAGUUCUCAUGGUUCUACCUCAAACACAACACAGGAUGCUUGGGGAGGAAAAUGGCAUCGGCGUUCAUCUGCUCUGCCACCCUGCGUUGAGAGAGCGGACCCUCAGGAGGCUCACUGAGGCCGGAGGUCUGCAGGCGCUGAUCGAACAGUGGGGCGACAGCAGCCUGGAGGAGCUGGAGGCCUUCAUUGACUCGUACUUUGAGAUGGUUUGGGAGCAAACUAUGGGGUCAUUUCAGGAACCCGUCUGUCCCACCGCAGAGCAGGAGGAUGUCGUUGAGAAAGAGGAGGCUGGACAGCAGGAGGUGCUCUCAUCCAUCGACAGGAAACUUUCAAAGCUGGAGCUCCUUGAGGUGAUCAGGAAGGAUCUGGCCGAGCUGAGGACGAGUCUGGAGAACGGCUGGAGGGCCAUACAGGAACUCAGAGAAAAAAGGAAACAGGAUGACGAUCAUGUUGAUACAAAGAUGGAGUAA